AUGGUCGCUAUUACAUCUCAAUCGUCGACGAUGUUCAUUGUCUUAUUCAUCUUCUCAACGAUAAGUGUGUGCAGUGCAGCGAAUAAUACAACUCAAUUCGAUAAUUUCACUAUUGUGUGGGAAGAUUUUAAUUUAUUCCAAUGCGCCGUACCAACGACUAUCCAAGUUUCACUUUUCAGCUGUGCAGCACCUCAAAAUUAUUCCAUGGACGAAAUGAGUUGUCUUCAAGAGACUACAAUCGAUUUCAAUGAUACAAUGUGCACGGUUGUGACAACUGCAAUGGUCUACACAACUACUGUCGCAGCAACAACAAUGGACAGUACCACUGCAUAUGCUCAAACAUCCACAAGCACAGUAGCAGUUACCACUCAUACAAAAACAAUGAGUGUAACUGCGACUGGGCAAACUACAACUACUACUGCAGCGAUUGCAACAGCCAAUCUAGUAACCACUAUGGCACCUACAAUAGCCGGUGCAAUGAAUCAGACUGCAUCAACUGCUGCUCAAACUAUCGGUCAAGUCGCCACAAAUACAACUCAAGCGGUUAGUCAAGCAGUCACUGGUGCUGUAACUACUCAAUCAAUAACACCUGGCGGAAAUACAACAUCAAAUACCUCAACUACUAUUACACCGGUAAAUGCAAGUAAUAGCAGCGUUUCAACAACACCAUCGGGAGCAUCCACGACAAUCAUAUCGACUACACCGUCAGGAGUAGCAGCAACGACAACUGUAUCAACUACGCCGUCAGGAGGAGUAGGAACAACAACAGCAACGACGACUGCAUCAAACACAUUUGAAUGCAUGAAUGACCUAUACAUAGGUGUUGACUGCAAUGUAUCAUCGAAUGCUUGCGAUAUGUCUCAACCAUGUCAAAACGGAGCUACUUGUUAUCCGAACAACACAUAUCCAUUAGACUAUUAUUGCAGCUGUAAAACUGAUUUUUAUGGUUACAAUUGCGAAAUUGAUCGACGUAGCUGCCGGGAUGAUACAUGUUGGCACAAUGGAACAUGUAUUGCGGAAAAUUCCACUGUCUAUUCGAAUAAUGGUUCGAAUUUUCGAUGUGAAUGUGUUGUAGGUUACGACGGGAAAUAUUGCGAACUUGAAACGAACCUCUGCGAUAAUGUCACUUGUGAAAACAAAGGUAUUUGUGAAACAGUUCAACUCAAAUGGAAAUGUGUAUGUUUGGACAGUUCCCUUUAUUAUGGUGAUUAUUGUCAAUUCAAAACGACUAAAUUGAUGAUUCGAGAAAUUCUCAGUAAAUCGUUUGCAUCGAUUGCUAUCGCAGUCAUUGUGACUACCUGUGCAUUUGUUGUCAUUAUGGAUAUACUCAAGUACGCAUUUCAUAUCGAUCCAGUUGAAUGUGAACGUGAAAGUUAUCGAAAACGACGAGAAGAACGAAGACGAGCAAGACGACCACCGAAAGAAGAUCAAAUGAAACUUGCGUUACGAUUUGAAUAUGUACCAACAUAA